UAGUUCGGCUCCCUCUAAUGCACGCCACAGCCAAUUCCCGUCCGCUACGAAUGAACGCCCCUCUAGGGUCACGCACUUUCUCCAGCCCACCUAUCAAUCAACUGACUCAGUUGUCCAAACAGCGGGCCGAGGGGCGGGGCUGCGAGGAGCGUCGAGUGACGUAAGCACCCGCCGGCCUGGCAGCCGGAUCCCUGACGGGUGAGGCUCGCGACUUGAGCUGUUAGGGGGGCAGUCGGUGUAAACAGGGCCUCGCCCCUGCGGGCCCUGCGACGGCUCCAGGCUGCUGGGUGGUUUCGCGUGGGGCGGUAACCGCCGGCCGCCGGGGGAGGUGCUUCUCCGCUCUCCCUCCCCCUGCUGCACACACCCCCGGCGCACCACGUGGGCGUGAAGCUAACCUGGAGGGGUGUUAGGCUGACUCCUAGCUUCAUUGGCUGUCGCUGCUGCCGCCACUCGCGAGAGAUUGUUCUAAGUUCUAAUGCUUCUGGUUGGUUACCUGAGAUAAGCUCGUGAGGCGCGUUCUUCCGCAAGGGGCUUUGAUUGGUCGGCCGGAGAGGUUAUCUGGGAUUCGGCCAGCCCCAGCCGGGGACUUUGAUAGUUGGUGACAGGAGCAGCCCCUGUACAGGACAUAAGGAUGCUGUAACCAGAAGAUGGGAUCGCGGAACAGUAGCAGCGCAGGAUCCGGGUCCUUAGAGCCCUCCGAGGGCUUGUCCCGAAGAGCGGCAGGCCUGCGUCGGAGUGAAGAAGAAGAGGAGGAUGAAGAUGUGGAUCUGGCCCAGGUACUGGCCUAUCUCCUCCGCAGAGGCCAAGUGAGGUUGGUACAAGGAGGAGGUGCAGCAAAUCUACAACUCAUCCAGGCCCUCUCUGACUCAGAGGAAGAGCAUGACAGUGCCUGGGAUGGUCGCCUUGGAGAUCGAUACAACCCACCUGUGGAUGCAGCCCCUGACACUGGGGAGCUGGAAUACAAUGAAAUCAAGACACAGGUGGAAUUAGCCACGGGGCGGCUAGGACUCAGGAGGACUGCCCAGGAGCACAGCUUUCCUCGGAUGUUACACCAGAGAGAACGGGGCCUCUGCCACCGGGGAAGCUUCUCCCUUGGAGAACAGUCUCGAGUGAUGUCUCACUUCUUGCCCAAUGACCUAAGCUUCACUGAUACCUACUCUCAGAAGGCUUUCUGCGGCAUCUACAGCAAGGAUGGUCAAAUCUUCAUGUCUGCUUGCCAAGAUCAAAUAAUCCGAUUGUACGACUGCCGAUAUGGCCGCUUCCAUAAAUUCAAAAGCAUCAAGGCCCGGGAUGUGGGCUGGAGUGUCUUGGAUGUGGCCUUCACUCCUGAUGGAAACCACUUCCUGUACUCCAGCUGGUCUGAUUACAUUCAUAUCUGCAAUAUCUAUGGGGAAGGAGACACACACACUGCCCUGGAUCUAAGGCCAGAAGAGCGUCACUUUGCUGUCUUCUCCAUCGCUGUCUCCUCAGAUGGACGAGAAGUACUGGGGGGAGCCAAUGAUGGCUGCCUGUAUGUCUUUGACCGAGAACAAAACCGGCGUACUCUUCAGAUUGAAUCUCACGAGGAUGACGUGAAUGCAGUGGCGUUUGCUGACAUAAGCUCCCAGAUCCUGUUCUCUGGGGGAGACGAUGCCAUCUGCAAAGUGUGGGACCGACGCACUAUGAGAGAGGAUGACCCCAAGCCUGUGGGUGCACUGGCUGGACACCAGGAUGGCAUCACUUUUAUUGACAGCAAGGGUGAUGCCCGGUAUCUCAUCUCCAACUCCAAAGACCAGACCAUUAAACUUUGGGAUAUCAGACGUUUUUCCAGCCGAGAAGGCAUGGAAGCAUCACGCCAGGCUGCCACGCAGCAAAACUGGGACUAUCGAUGGCAGCAGGUGCCCAAGAAAGCCUGGAAGAAGCUGAAGCUCCCAGGAGAUAGCUCCUUAAUGACCUACCGAGGCCAUGGCGUGCUGCACACUCUCAUCCGCUGCCGAUUCUCCCCAGCCCACAGCACCGGCCAGAGGUUCAUCUACAGUGGCUGCUCAACUGGCAAAGUAGUUGUAUAUGACCUUCUAAGUGGCCACAUUGUGAAGAAGCUAACCAACCACAAGGCCUGUGUGCGUGACGUCAGUUGGCACCCCUUUGAAGAAAAGAUCGUCAGCAGUUCGUGGGAUGGGAACCUGCGUCUUUGGCAGUACCAUCAGGCUGAGUACUUCCAGGAUGACAUGCCAGAGUCUGAGAAAUGUCCCAGUGCCCCUACUCCAGUGCCCUGCCCAUCUGUGGCCUUUUCCUCACCUCAGUAGAUCUGACUCUCACCAUAGUCUGUCCUCUCCUCCCUCUCUCCUUCUGGGGGUGAGGGGGUAUGUGAGGGAACUGCUGACAUUGGAUAGUGAGGAAACGAGCCCAGGGUUUGUGUCUGAACUGAGCCUGGACCAACCUCACCCCCACCAGACUGGGCUAAGUGAUUUCCUCAUGCAUUCACACCCAGUCUGCUUGGAUUUCUAUCUCUAGCCAGAGUGUGGCAGGUCAUCCAUUACCUGGGGUGCACCUUCUGCCAACAAGACAAUUGUCCUGAGUGAUUUUAAUCAUGUUCCAAUGUUAGAUGUUGGCUCCUAGUGUAGAUCCCUGAGGUCUGAAUAGACCCAUCAGCAAUGCCCUUUGCCCAAGUCUUCACACUGAGAAUUAGAUUGGCCAAUCAGGGCUAAGUAUACUGGCCUUUCUUCCUGAGAUCUCAGGGAGGACAGGGUGAAUAGAGCGGUUUCCUCAGCACCCUCCUUGGCUGGGAGCUUGUCUUCUCUCAUACCUGGACUUUGAAGUUAAGAGACUAUGGUCCGAGAGGGAGGAGUCUCCAGAAGCUCUGUAUGGCCCUCCUUGCCAUUGGAUCCUAUCGUUGCUGGUGGCCAGCAGCUUCAACAAGAGAGGUUAAAAUAGGACUUCUCUCAUCUUCUCGCUGGCUUUGGCUUUCCCAAUAAACUGUGGGAAAUUG